AGUCAUCGCUUCAGUUCAUGUAGUCCGGUGUUUUUCCUCGCGCUUCGACUGCGCAAAUUUUCGCAUGGCACUCAAUUGGGUGUUAUUCGGGCUUCUCCUGGCUGCCGUGGAGAGUGUGGAUAAGCCAGAUGGGUGCUCGGAUUCGAUCUGGACUACCCAAUGCCAAGGCAGUGCAACAUGUCAAUCCCUCGCAAAUGCUGGCUUGACGUGCUCCUCAAUGGACUCACUCGGCACUUGCAGUACAACAUGUGCCGAGCCUUGCUGCAUUACAACCACUAGCACCACCUUCACGGUCACAUUCACAAGCACUCUGACGACCAUAACAAGCACCCAAACUAGUACAGAAACUACAACCUCAAUCAGCACCACCUCCCAGACAACCUCAAUCACAUCAAGUACUAGCGAAACAACCACCACGGCAACGCACACACAGACUCACACCACAGCGACCUUGACAGAGACACACACUGAGACCACCACAAACACAGAGCCUACAGAGACAGUCACCAUGACAAGCACAGUUACAACAAUUACCGAGACAGCAACCUCCAUAACGGCGACAACGCUGGCACCAACGACAACGCAGGGGCCAGCAGCAGUGAUCAAGAUGGUCUUGGAUGUGACUGUCACGGGAAACUCCCAGGACUACUUGGUGGACUCCAGAGUGGAGCAAGCAUACAAGGACGUGAUGGUGGACAUCACGGAACUUGAUCCCAGUAUGAUUGACGUGGACUUGGCGGCCGACCAAGGUGACAACAUCACAGUCACCUACGCCAUCACGAUGCCCUAUGAGGACAAUGGAGAUGGCCUGGUCCCAACGGUUCCCCUUGACAGUGUGGAAGCCAAGCUUGCAGCAGUCAGUGCAGCUAGCUUCAACGAGAUGUUGGAUGCGAAGAUUACAGCAGCCACUGGCGAAGGCACCUACGGCCAGGAGAUCAUCAAGUUAGAGGAAAAGGAUCCAACGAACGUGGUCAGUGGAGUCACCAGUGCGUUCUCCUUGGCACGUAUUCUGGUGCUCUAUGUGGCGCUGCACUGCAUCAACGUCUCCUGAAUGCUGGGAUAAUCCGUUAAACGCAGUGUGCGGUGCUACCAUGGCACAAUGGACAUUGCUAUGUAACCAAGAGAUCCUAUGGAUCGGAAUGCCUUAGAGUUUUCGAUCCAGAUCGCUUUUGGGUCCUAACGGCGCCGCAGAGCUCAAUGCUCUUGGCAAGGUUCUUGCGCCCGGACUUUACAGUAAAGUUCUUGCAUGCUAUCUCCACUUCAAGAGGUGGUGGCGCAUGGGCACUCUCCUCGCCACACGAAGGCUGUCGGGGAGGAGAAGACACGACUCAUGGCAUGGUUUGAGAAAAACAAAGA